CUAAAUUAUAUUUUCAGGAAAAAGAAACAUAACAAUGGGCUAAAUAUUAAAUAAUAUUAUUGUGUGAGAUUAAAAGAACAAUUAUGAAGAUUUUCUUGUAUUUAUUUAUUUUGACGACUCCGUGUCUGUGCUUGGAGUUGAAAUGUGAGGCGAUCAAGGUGGAUGUGUGCAGCAGGUUGGGGUACAAGAGUACAGGGAUGCCUAAUAUCAUGGGACACCAAACACAGGGAUCUGCGCAGGCGGGGUUGGAAACCUUCUUCCCCCUGAUAAAAUACAAUUGUUCUCCUGAUCUUCUAUUCUUCCUCUGCUCUGUUCAUGUCCCUAUGUGUGUAGCACUACCACCCACUCCUACAUCAGUUCUACCACAAAAUCAGCUUAUAGGUAUAUAGCCCCCCCCCUGAACA